UCUUUUUUCCUCCCUAAACAGCCUUACCCAGUUGAGAAAGUCGUAGUUAAAACCGUCGAUCGCCCAUACGAAGUCAUCAAGCACGUCCCACAACCUUACCCAGUCGUCCAAACUAAAGUCGUCGACCGUCCAGUACCACAACCAUACCCAGUUGAAGUUGUUAAGCACGUUGACCGUCCAGUGCCAUACCCACAACCAUACCCAGUAGUUCAAACACGUACCCAAGUCGUCGAGCGUCCAGUGCCACAACCAUACCCAGUUGAAGUUGUUAAGCAUGUGGAUCGUCCGGUUCCAGUUGCACAACCUUACCCAGUGGUCCAAACUCAAGUUGUUGACCGCCCAGUACCAGUCGUCCAAACCCAAGUUGUUGAAAAGCACGUGCCAGUUAUUGCUGCCACCGCUGCACCAGCCGUCGCUUACUCAGCUCCAAUUGUUCAUGCCGCUCCAGCACUCUCAUUGAGCGCUGGUCACGGUUUCUCUGGUCACGGUUUCGCUGCCCAUAGCUACGCUGCCCCAGCAUUGAGCGCUGGUCACGGUUUCGCUGCUACCGCUGCUCCAUUUGUUGCAUCAACAGUUGCUCCAUCAUACGCCUCAGGAGCCUACUCAGCUUUCCAAUCAAGCCAUGUCCCACAUGUCGAGCAUUUCCACCACUAGACUUGUAUUUUAAGUAAUAGUAGCGUAAUUGACUUCUGCCACAACCUCCGCCUGAUAUAACUGUACCGAUGAAUGAUGAACCCAUUGUACAUUUCAAAUUUGAUUUAUAUACUUUGCCGAAAAAAUAAAAAUUAAAUGAAUCUCGAUCGCAUAGUAUCACGUUUGCAUUGCCCAACUGUGAUCAAAUAUGAUGUGUGCUUUCGAAAUGUUUCAAACAAUAAACAA